GGAGUGAGUACUGUCAUUCACACAGCUCAUGUAGCUCUGGUAAAAUGUCAUCUAUCUUUCAUUUACUCCUCGUCAUAACUGCGCCUGUUUAUACCUUCACGCGUAAACUUGAACUUGAGUACCGGUAGUCUUCUCUGUUGCGCACCGCGGCUCUGACUCCCCCCUCCCCUGCUCCUCCUCCUCCUGCAGCAGCAGCAGCAGCAGCAGCAGCACUAACUGAGCUGUAACGGGACACUUUCGGCGCACCAAACCGUCACCCGCCGCCUCCAUCACUAGUGUGCUCAGACUCUCUGCGCGCCUUCCACGGACUGGGAUGAUGCGGACGCAGGAGAUGCAUCCCUGUUAUUACACCAUGUGGCGACUGGCAACGGUUGACAACCGGAUUUGGUGUUAAAUGAUCAGCGGAAUUGCGAGACGGCAGCGGAAUGUGUCACCAUUUGGCGCUCUGGUGAGGAGUAGGGGGCUCUGGAUGUGCCUGGAUGAUGCCUGGCCUAAUCCUGCUGCAUAGACUCAGAGGAUCCCCCUCAGUCCCCGGACACCUCAGUGCUACAGAUUUGGCUCCUUGAGUCAUCCAGCUCCUCCUCUGCAGUCAUCAGUCGCUGAUCAAUCCUUUAUCACUCCCUCUGUUCAUGCUUUUCUUUUCCAUACCAUGGUUUCAGACUGGGAUUAUCCACUGAUCUGUACCAAAUCCUGAUAUGCUUAAUGAGUCUGUUGUGGACGUCUGACGGCAAUGUCAAAACUCACCCACAUACGUAUGUGACAAGAGGUGUACUGUCAUUUUCCAUUCUUCUUCUUUCUUGAUUUUUUUUGCUGUGCUGGUUAUAAUCCAAAGCCAUAGCUCUUUUGUCGCUGUGAAGAAAACUGCUUGAUAUGAGGAUUUCUGAGACCAAAAAGACUGAAAACUACAGCCAUAUUUAUGCUCAGCUAGUUUAUAAUAGACCUGGACUGUGGAAGGAAAGCUUCUCUCAUGUGGAGGUUUUAACAGAAGUCGUUGGACACUGUGAUAAGAGAGGACUGCUUUGUCCUCAGUCUGGAAAGUUUAGCUGUGUGCAAUCCACAGACAUUUUCUAUCUUUGUAACCUGGUCUGAGCUGCCCAGUCUAGAGCAGCCUGCUUUCCAGAUGCUGCCAUGCCCAUCAUCAGCAACGCCAACCAUGACUUCAGCAAUCUGUCUGUCAGCGACGACAGCAGUCUUGACCACAUCUUCACAGAGAUACCCGAGACUGAGACCAUCAAGGGUGCGUAUUACAAGAGGGCUCAACUCAUCCGUCGGCCAGAGGACUUGGUGUCCAUCGACCACGCUCUGCUGGCUUUGAUCAACGUCGGGGGAAACCGCUACACCUUCCCCUGGAGCACCCUGGAGCAGUUUCCCCUUACACGUCUUGGCCGUCUCUGUGGCUGCCGGUCACCUGAGGACAUUGCCAGAGUCUGCGACGACUACGACGAAGCCCACAAGGAGUUCUUUUUCGACCGCUCGCCCUCCGCCUUCAGGGUCAUCCUCAAUUUCCUGGCCGCCGGGAAACUGCGCCUGCUGCGGGAGAUGUGCGUUCUUUCCCUGCACGACGAGCUGACAUACUGGGGCGUGGAGAUGACGUACAUGGAGCGCUGCUGUAAGAGGAAGAUGUACACACGCAUAGAGGAGGUGAACGAGCUGGAGCGGCGCGAGGAGGAGUGCAGGCAGAGGAACGCCAUGCAGCGUGUACCUGUGGAAGAGACCAGGUAUCGAAAGGUGAUGAACUGGCUGAGAGAUACGGUGGAGAAUCCGCAGUCUGGCUUACCGGGGAAGAUCUUUGCCUGCAUGUCAGUGAUCAUGGUUGCAGUGACCGUUGUCAGCUUGUGUAUCAGCACCAUGCCAGACCUGAGAGAGGAAGAAGAAAGGGGCGAGUGUUCCUCUAAGUGCUACAACAUGUUCAUCAUAGAGACCGUGUGUGUGGCCUGGUUCUCCCUGGAGUUCAUCCUGCGGUUCAUUCAGGCCCGCAGCAAGCUGGAGUUCCUCCGCGGGCCGCUCAACAUCAUCGACGCCAUGGCCAUCCUUCCCUACUACGUCUCCCUGGUGGUGAAAGAGGAGGACACGGACUCGAACCACGAGAGGCCAGGAGGAGGUAAGGGCUACCUGGAUAAGCUGAGCCUUGUCUUGAGGAUACUCCGGGCGCUGAGGAUCCUCUAUGUGAUGCGGCUGGCUCGCCACUCCCUCGGCCUGCAGACCCUGGGGCUGACGGUCAGGCGCAGCACGCGGGAGUUUGGCCUCCUCCUGCUUUUUCUCUGCGUGGCUGUCACCCUCUUCUCACCGCUGGUCCACCUGGCUGAGAGCGAGCUCACCGGCACCCACGACUUCAGCAGCAUCCCCGCGUCGUACUGGUGGGCCAUUAUCUCCAUGACGACCGUGGGCUACGGCGACAUGGUGCCUCGAAGCAUUCCAGGUCAGGUCGUAGCGCUGAGCAGCAUCCUCAGUGGGAUCCUCAUCAUGGCCUUCCCUGCUACCUCCAUCUUCCACAUGUUCUCACGCUCCUACCAGGAGCUCAAGAUGGAGCACGACAGACUGUUCAAGGAGGAGUGUGCGGCGGCUGCUGCUGCAGCUGCUGCUGCCACCGGGGAGCUGCAGGAGCCAGCAGGCGACGGAGAAGUGGGGGACUCAUCUGUGCCUCGACUGGGAUUGCACCCAGACAAGGACAGUGUGCACUCACUAGAGUCCCUCGCUCUUUUAGGGAAAGGCGAAGAAGCUGCAGGAAACAACAGCCACAGUCUGCCACCUGCAGCUUUCUGAGCACUACUCGAGCAGAAACUUCCAUGAAGAUACCAGAGCCUACUGAUCUAUUUGUUGCAUUGAAUAAAAGUACUGAAAACAUUACGUUAAGCUCUUGAGGGUAUCUCGGAUGAAUGGAGAUUAAACAAACAGCAGUUCCUUUGCUCUUUGGUCUGCAGACUGCUCAGAAACUUAAGAGACUUCAAACCCUUUAAAAUGGACAGUCUAGUCUGACCAGAAAGCCUCUGCAGCAAUAUCAGUAACCAGCUGCUCCCAUUAACAUGCAAUAUUCAAUCCAAAGUUGCUUUUCCUUUCACUGUGAAAAAAACAUAUAUAUAUAUAUGUAUAUAUAUAUAUAUAUAUAUAUAUAUACUUAAACUGCAAGUUUUAGUUUGAUUCUUAUUACUUUUAAUAUGUUGCCUACAGAAUGACCUGAAAAUGUGUCUCAUACUCAACUUUCUGUCAUGAAUUCAAAGAGGUGCUCCUCUUGAUUUAUUUUUGACAAGCUUGAAGCCAUGUUCUGAGAAGAAAUAUAAACUCACUGAAAGUCUUGCCCAUAUAUGAUAUGAUAUAUAUAUAUAUAUAUAUAUACAUAUAUAUCCAUCUCUCUCUCACUCUCGAAUGCUUGAUCCGAACGAGGUGAUGGUUUCUUCAUUCUCUACUGUGAACUCCAGGUAAACUGUGAUGUAAUAUAUUGCAGAAGUAAGAAUCCAGAUAGUUUGAAAUAGGAUGGUGGAGAGCGUUUGUGUUGGAGAGAGAGAGAAUGUGUGAGUGAGAGAGAACGAGCGCUAAGAACCAUGACAUGUACUUUGCAUCGCUCCAAAUAAAAGCUCUCCUAGUAAUCUGAGAGAAAUCCA